CGUAUGGUACGUCUGGCCUACCCAGGACCUACGAACGAUCUUCCCAAGAGAUCGACCAAUGAACGUCGAUCUCGGAACGAUUUACCACUUGGAAUAAUCGUCUCCGUGAACCUCUUUAAUCCCGCGCCGUGAUUACGCGUUUCCAAAUUGUCUCGAAUCGAUCGAAACGGAAUGGUUUGAGCAUCGAGCCGGUUAAAAGUUCUCGACAAUUUUUUCGCUGGUCACGGCGAUUCGAACGCUUUCCGCGUGAAUUAAUCCCGGCGAUCGGCGUCUCCAGGCAGUCUGUUCGUUUCGACCUAGAAUACCCAAUCACCGUGUUUAUUUGCGUCGUAAUUACGCUAGCCGCGUGAUUUUUUUUCAACGACGUCCCACGCGUACAAGCUAUCAGAGACGGAAAGAGAGUCAGAGGGAGAUAAAGCGAUAGGAGAGUCGAAAGAACGGUCGCGAAAGAACCCAGAGGAGAGGCGAGAACGGCGAGUUGUCCUUUCGACGCGUCGCGUCGAUCAGUUUCCGCUCGACGGCGGACAAGUGCGCACGCGUGUCUACCGCGAAACACCGACUAGGGCGAAAAUCGGGACAAACUUCCCAUCCGAACAACAUUUUCGAAUAACGAAUACGUGGAAACCAAUUCGGAUUGAUACACGACCGAUACCGAGUCGGGAAAUUAAACGUUCGGUUACUGUUCGAUUGAUCGUCCGAUCGAAUUCUAUCCAUCUCUGGUGACCGUAUCGUAUACGUACCACCGACGCGGGCACGGCUUCCCGGUACCCCCGAGAUGUGAUUCGAUUUCGUAAGACGAGAUCCAUGCGACCGUUUCCCUAGGAGAGCACCGAUCGCGAGGAUCGGGACCGGAGCGGAGCGUUCGAUCGAGUUGGGAGUCGAGUUACGCGAAAAAAUCCAACGACGGAUAGACAGAGGCGGUGACUAUGACGAGACUCGUCGCGAUCUCGGUAAAUCGAUCCCUAGAUCGGUCGAUGGAUACUCUCCCAGUCGCGAUUCCUCCCUCGAGAAACGGUGAACGCGAGCACUCGGCCACGGCAUUCGUAUCGAAGGCGCGCCCGCGUCGAGUGUGGUGAUCGUCGAACUCUGUCUCGGCGUCGAAGAUCGUUAUUAUAUAUUACCUAACAAAAAGCGAUCCGACGACUGCCGCGAGUCGGUUAUUCCGAGUUAGAAAUCCCUCCGGUAACAGAGAAAUUUAUACCAUGAACUCCGAGAGAUUCUGAGAAGAUACCGAAACAAUGCUGGAGUUGGUGGAACGCAAGGCCAGCGGGAUCUCGUGGCCGACUUGUCGCAACCAUAAUCUCGAGUCGUUCGGCAAGGAUCCCAAAGGAAUUUUCUUUCUCAAGCGGGACAAGGGUUGCGCGCGGGAAAAGCGAUGGAGAAGAGAGAACGGAGGGUUGCUAUGCUCCCUGGGGCAACUAGGCUGCAACGACUCUUACAGCCCCGACACCCUGGGCACGUGGAAAUUCCACAAGGUGUCCAGAACGAGCCAUGAGGGAAUGAGCACUGUCGUGGGAGAUGGAGGUGGAGGCGGCGUUGGCGGUGUACAGGGAAGUGGCGGCGGCAGGAACACACCACCCCAUGGAUCGCCCACCCCCAUGGAUAAGGCAACUCUGAAGGUCCAUCUGCCGAACGGUGGUUUCAACGUCGUUAAAUUCGGCGACGCUAUCGACGUGCGUGGUAUCAUCUCUCUGGUAACCAGCCGAUUGGCGAUCGGCACGAGGCACUAUCGAAAUCUCUACGCGAUGAGGCUGCAUCAUCCUGGAUCGGGAGAGAGCUACUGGCUGCAUCAGGACACCACCAUGUACCAGGUUCAAGAAAAGUACGAGAAAAGGCACCCACAUUGCGAGUGGAGGUACGAGUUGAGAGUACGGUACCUGCCGCAAAAUCUGAAUGACCUGUACGAGAAAGACAAAGUGACGUUCUUUUACUAUUACGAUCAGGUACGAAACGAUUAUCUGUGCGCGAAUCACGCAGCUCUGGAUCACGACGUGGCGGUUCAGCUUUGCUGCCUGGAGAUUCGUUACUUCUUUAAGGACAUGCCGCACGUCGCCCUCGACAAAAAGAUCAAUCUCGAGUAUCUGGAAAGAGAGGUCGGCCUCCACAAGUUUUUACCGCGAUCCGUGUUAAACGGAAUGAAACCAAAGGCGCUGCGCAAGCUGAUACAGCAGCAUUUUAAGAAAGUGACCGCGCUCUCGGAACUGGAAUGCAUGUUAAAGUUCUUCGAUCUGUUGAGGGCUCACUACAGAUUCGACCAGGAGAGAUUUAUAUGCGCUCUGGGGUCGAGCUGGUCUAUACCCGUGGAACUAGUCAUCGGGCCAGAUUUAGGUAUAUCUUAUAUGAGUCACAGCGUUGGAACGGUGCCAACGAGAAUGGCAGAAUUCUUCAAGAUACAGUCCAUUCAGACGCUCGUAUCGGACUGCAAAGAACACGCGAAGGCGUGUAUCAAAUUAAGGGUAGCAGGGGAAGCGGAAACGCUCAGCAUAACGUGUUCGAGUCUAGACCAAGCGGAAAGUCUCGCCGAUCUGAUCGACGGAUACUGUAGGGUUGUUACCGGAAGCAACACCUCGUUGUGGAACAGGAAAGCCGCUUCGUGGAAAAACUAUCCCUGUCCAUGCAAAGACGCCCACCCGCCAAAGUACCGACAAGACGGCACCAAUAGUCCGGAGAAAAAUGUGAGCAAAACGGGAACAAUUUUGUCGGAGGACUACGCGGAGAUCGUAGACGAGGAAGGAGAUUACUCGACGCCAGCUACUCGAGAUUACGAGAUAGUCAGGAACCAAGUAGAGUUGGGCGAGAUUAUCGGAGAAGGUCAGUUCGGCAACGUGCUCAAAGGUUCGUACAAAGGAAGGGACAACCAGACCAUAGCCGUCGCCGUAAAAACCUGCAAAGUUGACGCGGAUCUCGCGACUUCGGAGAAAUUCCUCGAAGAAGCCUACAUAAUGCAACAGUUCGAACAUCCCCAUAUCAUCCGAUUGAUCGGCGUGUGCUCGGAAGCACCGAUUUGGUUGGUGAUGGAGUUGGCCAGGUUAGGAGAGAUGCGAGCUUAUCUACAAUCGAACAAACAGCGUUUGGAUCUCGCCACGCUACUUCUGUACACGUUUCAAUUGAGCACCGCCUUAUCGUACCUUGAGAGCAAAAAAUUUGUACACAGAGACAUCGCCGCGAGAAACGUGCUCGUCUCCGCUCAUAAUUGCGUAAAGUUGGCGGAUUUUGGACUGAGCAGAUGGGUCGAGGAUCAGAGCUAUUAUACAGCGAGCAAGUGCAAGUUACCGAUCAAGUGGAUGGCCCCGGAAAGCAUCAAUUUCCGGAGAUUCACUACCUCUUCCGACGUCUGGAUGUUUGGCGUGUGCAUGUGGGAGAUUUUAAUGCUGGGCGUGAAACCGUUCCAAGGCGUGAAAAACAACGAAGUGAUUCGUAAGCUCGAAAACGGAGAAAGACUAGCGUUGCCGAAUCAUUGCCCUCCGCGAUUGUAUUCUCUGAUGUCUCAGUGCUGGAGUUACGAGCCUAGUAAACGACCGACGUUCAAAGAAAUUCGAGAAACUUUGCAUGAGAUUUUAUUGGAAGAAAAACACCAGCAACAAGAAACGAUGAAACGGGAAAACAGAAGAGUUCAAGCCAUGUCUUGGGGUGCAGACGACGUACCGCCGCCAAAACCUUCGAGGCAACCGCAAAACUCGACAGACCAAUCCCACCUAACCGCCGCGGCGCCGGUUUCCACCUAUAUCGUGGCGCAAAGCCCCGAAGUUCUCGCGCAACUUCUCAAGGACAAUCAAACCAGGGGGGUAUGUCCCUCCGUGUACACGACACCCGCCUCGCCUUUCAACACCUUGGCGGUACAGUUCCAAGACGAAGAUCAAGUCUUGACCACCGCUCUGGUCUCCGACCUCCCCUUUUUCGAUCCGACCAUUUCGGAACCGUCCGUCUCCCAUGACACACAUUCCGGAGAUUCCACCCUAUCCGAUACAAACCUGGACUCCCUCGAGUCCUCGGACGCUCCUCUUCCCUUGUCCAGCCUCACCAUUUCAGAGACUAGUCAAGUUCAAUCACCCGCUGCCAACAGAAAGCAGCAAAAGGUUAAAGAGAUGCAAAAUUUGUACGCUGUCAGCUCGAAAGUGGUCGGUAGUAUUACAGGCGAUCUCUACUCGCCCGUGCACAAGUUCACGUCGUCUAACGCUGUUCCCGUCACGACCGCCGCCGCCGCCGCUGCGGCCGGCUGCGGUGAAAUUUACGGCCCGGUUGCCAAUUUCACCCAAAGUUCCGCCAUCGUCGGCAAUCUCAGUCAGAGUCCCAGCGUAGGCGGUAACUUUGGCGAGAAUCCAGGCAACUUUGGCCCUAGCAGCCUAAACAGUAUCGUAGGGUCCGUCGUGCAACCUCAAUCUGCCUCCAGCUUCGGUCAGUUCUCUUCCUCGAGUCAAGUGUUCGGUGUAGGUCAACCAGUCGCCCAGAAUUCCGUUUGCGUUCAAAAUGCCGCCGCUUAUCCGCGUGUAACCGUCAGUUCGUCCAACGUGGUCGUUUCCACCGCGUCCAACGCGGAAUGUCUGUACGGACCGGUAUUGAAAUUUCGAGCACAGAACGCAUCGGACUCGAUCACUUCGAACCAAUCCCAAUGCAUCCAGAGUCCUCGAAGCAACUUAGCGACACCAGGACAGACAUCGCAACCUCAGUCGAUGAUGAUGCACGCCCAAAAUUAUCAGCACCACCAGCAGAUCUAUUCGAACAUCCCCAGUCAUCCCCAGUCGGUAUACUUGUCGCAGUCUCAGCACGCUCAAAACGUCCAACGGCAGAGCACUUCCGUUCACUCGGCUUCUUACGGUCAGCAGUCUCAAGCUAGUAGCGCCAAUCCGAUUUACGCAGGUCACGCGACCUCCGUCACAGUCGUCCAGGCUCAGAAGAUCCAUCAGGGGCCCGGGUACGCGCAGCAAAUUCAGCAAGCUGGAAUCGCCAGUCAUAUGGCAUGCUCUCAAGCGACCAACGCGAAUCAGCAAUUGUCGUUUGGCGUGAUGGCGCAAUGUCAUCCGGUUCAGGCGCAGUUUUCCUCGUCCAGCGGUACCGUGCAAUCAAUUGGGCAACAACAGCAGCAGCAGCAGCAACAUCACGUACAAUCAAGCGUUCCCUCGCAAUGCAACGUUACGAAUCUGGCGACGAGCACGUCAAACGCUACCGCUACGCCAUAUCUCGCCUGCCAACCCGGAAUCGUGAAAACGAAUAUGCCUCAAGUAGCGACCGGUGUCGCAAAAAUCACCACAUUUGUCGCGCAAAAACAAGACGAACAGCUCACUAGCUCCACAGACGGUACGCUCUCCGGAUCUCUGAUAUCCUCCGCUGUCAGCGACAGCACAAUGUCGUCGAGCAGCUCGAUGACAGAGGAGGCGCAUCAAGACCAGAGAGUUGUGCAGUCGCAGCUAUUGGACAGCGUUACGGAAAAUUCUAAUAGCGGCAUCGACGAUGAACAAAGGCUAUUGGAGCAGCGAUUAUUGCAACAACAACGUCAAUCGGAAGAGGACAGCCGCUGGUUAGCGAGAGAGGAGAAACGUUUGUCCAUCGCGACGAGCGGGGAUGAAAGUGCCAGUCCUCCGGUUCCUCGUUCAGUCACGCAGUCGCCGAAUCACGAACAGCACAGCGGAAAUACUGGCUCGUUGGGCUCCGAUAAGGGCACGGAUAAAGUAAUCGUCGUAAAGAAAAUGGAACCGACGCCAACCGCCGAUUUGGAUAGAACCAACGACAAAGUGUACGAUUGCACUACCAGCGUUGUCCGUGCCGUGAUGUCUUUGUCACAAGGUGUACAGCAGAGCAAGGCAGAACAAUACUUGGAAUUAGUACGUAAAGUAGGCCUCGAAUUGAGAGCACUGCUGUCGUCUGUGGACUCUUUGAUGGACAUAUUACCUAUAUCUGCUCAUCGUGAAGUAGAAAUGGCACAUAAAGUUCUCAGCAAAGACAUGGCAGAACUGGUAACCGCUAUGAAACAGGCUCAAAAAUAUAGUGCUACUACUUUGGAUGCAGAGUAUCGAAAAGGCAUGCUAUCGGCAGCACACAUAUUGGCCAUGGACGCGAAAAACUUAUUAGACGUAAUCGACUCGAUACGUAUUCGCUAUCCAUACGUGGAUAGCCAGAUUUGCCAAAAGCAAAACGACAAUAACGGUCCGCAAGAAUCCGCAGCAGAAGGCCGUAUACGAUCCAGUCAAUCCGGUGAACAGUUUCUGAGAAGAAGUCAGUCGACUGAACGCCAAAGCACAACGUUUAGACAAAGCCAAAGCGGUGAUCUUCUGCACAGAAUGGGUCAGUCGGUCGAUCGCUCUUCACAGGGUAGUCAAAGCGAUGUUAGUACCGGGUCCAGUCUAGAAAGAAGGCAUCACAUCGUUACUAACAGUCUCGAACGUAAUUCGACGACACGGAGACAAAUGGCGACGAAUAGUUUAGAAAGAAAAAGACCAUCGUUAUCGUGUAAUAUCAGCCCCAUGAAUAAUUCGGUUAAUCUGCCACCGAUGGUACCAGUUACCUGUAAUUUAGUCCAAACAGUAGGACCUGUAAUUCACCCAAGUCAGACAAUCGCGACAGGUAUUAAUCAACAGUCAGUGUUUUCAACUAACAAUAAAACGCCAAACGAAACUGCAACAAGUGAUAGCUAACAACGAGGUGCCUUGUAUUAAGGAAUACUUCGGAGAGAUAUUAGUUUGUAUGUAUAUAGGCGACGUCGUACAAGUUACCCGUCUACAUCUCGCGCAUAACUCAGCAGCAGGAGAUUUAGUAUUUGUGCUUUGUAGCUCUUUUUAACGCUAUACAGACUUGGUCUAAACGUACUUAUAGAUAGGACAGUAUUCAUUAGAUGUAGCAGUAGAAGAAUUGUCAUUAAAAGUAAGUCACAGCUAUAAAGAAAAUCACUCCAAAGCUUUAGAAUUAUUGUUAAUUUGUUAUUGUAUAACAACCGCGUGUAUAGGGUGACGCAAAAGGAACAAUCUUUAAACGUAGAGGAUUGGAAUUACGCGCAACUAGCGUUCGUGCAAAUUCACAUCAACGUGACAUGUUUAUCAACAUUAUCAACAAUUAAUUAUAAAAGAAAUUACAAUUACAUUAUGACGUAUACGAUCUAUCAUCCGAGAGAUUUUCUCACUGCAUCAUCCUAUAGGUAGUUGGACAAUUCUAUAUAUAUAUAUAUUUAAAAAAAUAGUUCAAACGGUAAUAUUUCGCGAAAAUUUAAUUUCAUCUAGGAUACAAUCUUAUAGUGUUGUUUUUACGAAUCUAUAAUUUAAUAGUCGAUUUCCUGCUACCGGGAGUGAUUACAAUGUAAAAAAAAAUGGGACUGAAUGUUAUUUCUAUUAUGUAAUUAUUUAGCUAUUCAUACCGAUUUGUGAAAUUUAUACAGAAUGUUUUAUAAAAAGCGAAUCAUUCUUCAACGGCAAGUCAGUUCCUACAAAAUAUUUAUAGAAAAUUUCAUCUUUGCAUAAGAAUAGUAUUGACAUUUUGUCAAUGAAAUGCGCCUCUAUGCAUUUACAGAUCCAUUAAAUAUUCCAUAGAUGUAAAGUAUUCCAUUUUUAUAGAAUUUGUUACCUGUUCGCGUUCCUGGGAAGAUUUACUUUCAUAUUAAAGCGAAAUUUCUACUAAUUUUCAGGAUUAUUUUGUUGAUGAAAAAUUGCUUUUUUAUAUUGUUCGUUAUUCGAUGACACUCACGGUUCUAAAUGUUAAUGUGCCAAGGUGUGUGUGCUUCUGUAUCCAAACAGAUUUUUUUACUAAACGAUUAGAAGUGUACAGUUAUAGAUUAAUGAAUUUUCAUCCCGGGAAUUCGUAACUUCCGGUUACAACGUUUGACGCUGCUACUGUAUCGAAAGCAUUAGAUCUUUUUUCUUGAAUUACUUUAAAUGUGUAUAUAUAUAUAAAUAUUUAAAAUUUAUAUCAUUUAAUAACGAUGUUGGCGAUUCAGUUACAUAUUAUUCUUGGCAUU